UUCUGCUAUUGUCAUUUGCGAGCUGAACGUGGAAACAUUGCUGCAAUGAUGAAAGCAACAACAUCCCACGUUACCACGGACAUUGUGCGCAAGAAAGAGGGAGAUGUGCCCCUUUCCAGCAGUCGCCUGUCAACGUGUGUCUUUUUAAUAUGGAAUGGCCAUCUACGGUCUAACCAGGAGGUCGCCUUAAUGGACGAAUGGCGCACGCGAAGCAAACGUCAAGAUCAUGGAGACGGGGAAGCCCAUGUGGCAGCGCUGCAAGGACCAAUAUUUCGCUUCCGAUCCUUUCUAGCCGAGCCAUUCCAUUGGAUAAACGAACUGCUACUGCCCUUAAUGCGCUUGGAUCAUCCUCGGAAUACUGAACUAUUGCCAGAUCAUUUGGCAUAUAUGAUAUAUCAAAUACCAAUCUAUACGAAAUAAAGUUCAUGUAAAUAUCAACAA